AUGAGGCCCGCGACGGCUAGGCUGGCCGUGAGUGCGGCGCUCGCCAGCUCGGCGGCUGCUCUACUCGUCACGCCGGACUCGCCGUGCGAUACCCAGUGCGGCAAUGUCCUCUCCGCGACCACCGGGUCGGACAUGGAGUGCGACCAGAACAACUUGGGCAGCGCAGCAGGUACCGUGUUUAGAAACUGCAUGAAUUGCGAGCUCGGCAGCAAGUACUACAGUACCGAAUUAAAUCAGACCGAUCAACAGUGGUUGUUAUACAACUCCAGGUUCGCGGUCUCAUACUGCGUGUUCGGUGACCCGGGCAAUGAGGACAUUGGCGACAGCCCGUGUGUCACAUCACGAGCUUGUGGUGUCCUCAAGAAUGCCAUCCAAUUUGGCAAUUUCAGCACAAAUGUUGGGGCAUACGACUACUGCCAACACUGGGACUUUAGCGAGCUCACGAACGGAUGCGAGCAGUGUUUACGGGCCAGUGACGACGACCACCUGGCCAAUAUGAUUGCGCUGCUCCAGGUUGGUUGCCACCAAAAGCCUGUCCCCGGCACGACCGUUGCCGUCGAAGGCGGCAUAUUCUCCACCACCUUGCUGCAGGAAGGGACUCCGACGCCGGACAGCAGCUGGGUCGACGACACCAACUCGGGCCCGCUCUCGCUCGGCGCAAAGGUCGGCAUCGCCAUCGGCGGCCUCUGCUUUGCCCUCGCUGUGGCCGGGUUCUGCAUCGUGUGUAAUGGUCGGCGGCGCCGUCGCGCCUACUUGCGCAAGCUCGAGAUGCGGCAGAAGGAUGCCGGGUGGCCGCACCCCGGUGGAGGUGGAGGAAGGGGAGGUGGCAAUGGCAGCGGUGGGGUGCCGGCUCGCGGGCCGGACAUGAACGAGACGCCGCUCAGCCAAAAGCCGCUGCGCGGGUGGGAUGAUUCGCCGCUGUCGGCGACGGCAACGGAUACCAGCUACGGGCGCUACUUCUCCCCGUACUCGUCCCAGUACAACAGCCCCGUCAGCGCGGCCGGCACGCCUGCCAUCAUGGCGCAGCAGUGGCCGAGCUUCCACGACCACCUGUCGCCUCAGGACUACCACAACCCAGGCCACAGCUUCCCAUCGUCCGCCCAAGAGAAGGCCAUGCAGGACCAGCAUGAGGCCGAAGCGGCUGCCGCCGGGCCGUCGAGUCAACAACCCAUCCACAUAGGAGUUGCGCUGGGUGGUGACGAGCCGAGCCUGCGGACGGAGCCGUCCAACCCUAGCUUUCGGGACCAGCGCGGGAACGGCAACUCGACCGAGGAGUACGAGCUGCACGAGGUGAGCAGCGCCGGGGGCAGCAGCGCCGGAGGCCCCAACGCGCCCACGAUCGGGCACAGCGAUAGCUUCAAGAACAGGUUGGCCAGGGGCAACGUCGCGCCGGUGCUGCAGCAUCCUGGGUACGGGCGUUAUAGUCCUGAUAAGUUCCCACCCCCGCCGCCGCCAACACAUGCUUAG